GGCGAGUGGUGGAAAGAGGUUAAGACUGUGAGAGUUGAAGACGGCUUCUGGGGUGCAAUUUGAAUACUGAAGGAUGCGGCAUUAGCGGCCAGGACCUCGCUGGGCUGCUCUUUAUUGCUCUCUGAAUGAACACAGGAAACUUCAUCACAAUCUCUGUUUAAGCAGAGCCUGAUGUUGUUGCAAUGCUCAAACCAGCUGGGUCGUCAUUGCCUUGAUCAGUUUGACUGAUGUGGAUUUGUUUGUUAUCCUUUCACCUGUCUCUCUCUCUCUCUCUCCCUCUCUCUGGCUCUCUCCCAGUGUCUCUUGCCUACAAUAGCAUAGUGGUGAGAUCCGCACAUUGCAGAAUUACGUUGAUUGGUGAGAGAGUCAAAGGGAAAAACGGGAUCAAAGUUCGCUGACAUGCUGUUGUAAUCAGGUACGCUGUGAAAAGUCGAGGGAAAAAAUGCAUGGCUGUGUUCUGCGAACGGAAGAAUGAAGCACCCGGGAACUUUUUUCAGGUCUGGAAGAGUCGCACCUCUGUGAUUGUCUGCGUUCAUGUGGGGUUCACCGAGGCUUGGUUGCGAGGCAAGACCAAUCAUUUGUCUUGAUUCUCUGGGCUGAGAGCAGGCAAACUGAGGUGGAUGGGAUGAGCAGACCCCUCUAUCAAGACCUGAUCUAUUUCCCCAAACAAUUUAGUGUAUUCAUGAGGUUACGCAAAUGUGGAGGCAGCAAAUUACCGUAAUCAAUUGAAACAGCGAGUGCGCAUCCAUGGCUCUGAUUAUUUGGAGAUUAUCUAUCAGCCUUAUGUCUAUGUAACGAGGAAAGGAGGGCAUUGAAUUACUGUUGAGUUUCACUGAGAAGUCCAUGAUCAUUGGGCAAGGGAGUUUGGUCAGUGAUAAUAGGGCUCCAUGGUUGGGCGACGGAAAUAUUUCAUCAAACAUUAGAUAGCUGACUCUACCCUGCUGAAAGGUGCUGUUUUGAAACUAAACCCCACACUGUCCAGACGAUCUGGUGCACCGUGUUCUCUGUAACCUCUUUUUUUUUCACCUGACAAAGGAAAAAAAGAGGCAGACGAGCCACAGGUCCAAGAGGAUAAACUGAGCAUGGAGGUCAGGUACAACCAAGAGACAGAAGGGAUGGGGCUGAAGAAUGGACUAAAGAAGGGGAAAGAUGAGAAGGACUCCCAGGGCAGCUUGUCCAAAAGCUUCCUCAAGGAGCAGCAGGACUCCUUUUCCCCCUCUGGGACCGUGGACAACUGUGAGAAGAACAGGGGGAGCACGGGGGACCCAGACUACUGUCGGAGAAUACUUGUCCGAGAUGCUAAAGGCUCUAUCCGAGAGAUUAUCCUGCCGAAGGGUUUGGAUUUGGACCGGCCAAAGAGAACUCGCACCUCCUUCACUGCAGAGCAGCUGUACCGGUUAGAGAUGGAGUUUCAGAGGUGCCAGUAUGUGGUUGGGAGGGAACGGACAGAACUGGCCCGUCAGCUUAAUCUGUCUGAAACUCAGGUGAAAGUCUGGUUCCAGAAUCGGCGUACUAAGCAGAAGAAGGACCAGGGGAAGGACUCUGAGCUGCGUUCAGUGGUUUCAGAAACAGCAGCAACCUGCAGUGUCCUCAGACUACUAGAGCAGGGUCGGCUGCUGACACCUCCAGGCCUACCAGGCCUCCUACCCCACUGUGGCAGCAGCACACUGGGCUCCGCUCUGCGCCCUCCCUCAAUGGCCAUGGCCAGCAAUGGCAGCAGUAGCAGCAGCGGUGGCGGCAGCACUAGCACAGCGGGGGGCAGCCCUCCUCUCCCUGCCGUCAGCAGCUCAGGGACGGUGGCAAGUCUGCAGAGUUCACCCGCGGCUCAUGGCCUUUUCAGCUUCCCGAUGCCCUCCUUACUCAGCGGAGUCACCACCCGCAUUUCCUCCAACCCCCUGUCAAUGGCCGGCUCGCUGGCUGGCAACCUGCAGGAACUUUCUGCCCGCUACCUGAGCUCCUCUGCUUUUGAGCCUUACUCGCGGACCAAUGGCAAAGAAUCCAUGGACAAGAAAAUUCUGGAAUGAUGCUUUGUUUUGACAUAGAUGGAUUCCUGUUUCCUCUGGACACAUUUUGGUUGUUUUCUUGGCUUUUACUCUCUUUGGUUUUGCUCAUUCUCUUUCAUUUGUCUGUGUCAUGUUCUGUAGCAGUUCAUGUAUUCCAGUUGCACAUCUGAUGCCUUGUACAAGGAAGAAAACAAAGACCUACACUAGCUCAUCUAACAAAGACAGGGUGGUGGUGGAAAGAUUUUUGCACAAAAUAUUCAUACAGGACUUUGUUCCAGAGAUUUAGAGACACUCUGACACUCUGAGGAGAUUACUAAGGGAUCCUUCAGGUUUCUGUUAAAUAAAUGUAUAGUCCAAUCUAAUCCAAAACAACAACAGACACAGGUGCCCAGAGAAUAUGGCUGCUUCAUACCACAACAGCGCUAUCUCUGCAAGAUAAGUGGUACAUAGUGUACAGCAGUAAGUAAAGGACUGGUGACAGAAAGUGUAAAGUGAUGGUAUCUUUCUGAAUUGUGUUUUAUUAUUUGAUUGUGUUGGCUAGAUGCAAGUCACUGAAGUGAGUAGAUGUAGAGAAAGAAAGCGAGUUGUCAAACACCUGAGCAGCAGUUUGUGAGACCCAAUCAGCAAAUAAAUAACUAAAAAAAUAAAAAAAAAAUUAAAUCCAGCAUAAUGAAUGAACAAGCAAGGCCUAUUUCUCAACACAGAAUUGGGAAGAAAAAAAAGUGCCUGUUUGAAGGUCACUGCAAGGCCAGUGUCAACACGAAACCCACUGCAUCUGACGUAUGAACACAAUUUGCUUAUGCAGAUGCCUCACAAAAAGUCAGCUUACAAAAAGAUCUUUUGUAUAUGCGUUUGUAUUAAGUUUGGACCAAACCAAAGCAUAAUCCAGAGAAGGUGUUGUCAUAUAGUAUGAUGGUUCAAUUGUUCAGUGUUGUUUUGGUUUGGUGAGGGUUUUAACAUUUUACAACAAAACACUUUGUGGCGUUUUCAUGCAGUACCUGACUUUUUUUUGGUCUGUGAUUUUAAUACCACUGUGAGUUCUCAGAGUAUUGGUGUACAGUUUCUAUUCCAUGCGGGAAGUAAGCACAGGAAUGAGUUGCUGAAGAGAAUCUUUUCAGCAUUAGUAAGCUGCUUACUUUGUUGAACACUACAAGGUAACAGGUUUUUCAGUCAUUAAGACAAUACAAUAACCUUUACUUCCUAUGUGAAAUUUUAAAAAUCCACAGCCUUCAUCAAAGACUGAUGCAUGUGGAGACUGAAUGGAAUUAUUGUAGUAUAAAAGUACUGGAAAUGAGAAAUGUACCUUAUUUUAUUGUAAAUUAUUCACUUCUUUAUCUAAUAGAUUAUUAGUAUAUCUGGAAGAUAAUGAAUGAAUGAAUGUAUUAGUGGGGUUGAGGAAUCAAUCAAAAGCUCUUUGGUGCUGUUAUUGUGAAAUAUCUUGAAAUUUGUGAAACGUGUGGUACAAAUGUGCAUAUAUAUAUAUGGCUACAGACAAAGACAAAUGUGUUUUUCAUUUUUCUGACAUACAUAUUGCUGUGAAUCAAGUUAUGAUAAAUUUCAUGACGGUUAUACUUCAAACACCAUGGCUUGAUGUGUAUGCUCCUCAGAGUUUGUCUUUUUCACUAUUUUUGGUAAUGUGGCUUACAAUGUGAUAAGCACUAAUCUUUGACUAAAUCGCCAAACUUGAAGAGUGGGGUGAGAUGAGCCAAUUUUUACUUAUGUUGUCCACUUUGCAAAGAAAAAUAAGACAAAAGAACAAUGAAAACAUGUACCCUUUUUUCAAGAUGUCUCUAUCAGUUGAAAUUAUAAGAAUGCAUCUAUGUCAGUGGGCCCUGGAAAUAUGACUCACCCCAAAAAAAAGUGCUCCUGUCAGUGUGUUAACCGAGCCAUCUGACAUUUUAAGCAUAAUUCAUACAAAAUAUUUACCUAUUUUUAAAAUGAAAUUUAAUAACACAUUUUCCUUUUACAAAUAGUCUUAUUUCUUUCCUUAUAGCUGACUUAAACAACAUAAAUCCAGCCAAAUAAAUUUUAGUUUCUUUUAGCGUUUGUGAAACCAUUGUAAUUUCUGUUAAAUCAGGAUAGUCAUCCAAAUUAAAAGGACAGCCACUGUAGUUUUGAGGAGCAAAAAAUAAUAAUCAUAAUAAAAUUGUUAAUGAAAAAAUGGGGCAUCUAGUCAAGUAUGUGGCAGAAAAAAAUGAGGAGAGAUGGUGGUGUGCCAUGAUAUUCUUGAACAAAUGUCGACCUAAAAGAAUAUAAUUAAUUCCACUGAAUUUAACUACACGAGAUAAGUCAGCCUUUGCAGACCUACUAACUCAUAAUGUCCUGCACAUCCUACCUGAUAAAAUCUUCUUUAUCCAGUUGUUGGGAGCAGGAAUGUUGUUUCUUUACAUUUCUAUUCCAGUUAAUUCUUCUUUGAAGUAAGACAAAGAAAAAAGCCAGCCUUUUAGAUGUGGUCUGCCAGCUCCUUCUCUACAGCACCUCCUCUGUGUAGACCCUCUGCCAUUGCUCCACUGUACCUCACAGUUUUUACUUUAUUUACUUUUUUUUUUUUAAAAUAUAGCCUACCUCUGCAGGGGUGACCUGUCAAUGUUUUUGUCUUUUGCCGCUGAUAUGAUUUUCCACACUUGGCAUAAAUGGCUGCUCUCUCCAUCUCUACAAGGGGUGUUGAGCCUUAAUUUUUUUUUUUUUUUUACCAUGUUUAACACAUGAUAAACCACCAGCUAUGUAAUAUGAUACAGACAAACCAUUUUAUACUUCAGACUUUAUUUAACUUUAGUGCCUUAUGGUAGGGUAAACUGGCUCAGUUUACCCCACAGCAUUUGGCUCACUGGAAAAAAAAUGCCUUUCCAAAUUUGUCCUUCACCAAGGUGACAUCUUCAGAUGUCUUGCUUUUUUCUGACCCGCAGUCACAAAUUCAAAGAUAUUUAAUUCUUAAGAGAAAAGCAGUUUUAUAUUUGAAAUGAGAAGAUAUGAUAUAGUCACUUUGUGACUACUGGAGAAUAAAUAUGUGACACAGGUGAGGUAUAAUUAUCUUUCACUUUUUAAAAAUACUGUUUUGGUCCCCCUCAGUACUUGCAGUUUCAGUUUGAUUUCCCUUCUAAAAUCUCUUAGCCCAAAUGUUUAUAUCCUGAUGCAGGAGAGUGGAGUUGACCAAAAUGUAGAUACACUCAUCUGGCUUGCCUUCAUUUCUUCAAAGGAGUAUUACACUCUUGAGAAAAAAAAAAAGUUUUUCAGCAUAUUUUUUUUUCAUUAAUGUGUUUUAAUCAGUUGACAACUUACUUUAAAAAGCUGGACAAAACCAAAAACAAUUUUGACAUUUUUGAGUAAGAUGGAAUUAAAAUAAAUAAGUUAGAAUAUCUUUCAUAAAAUACUUUGACCACUAAAUGUCAACACAACUUUUGGAUAAAUAUUUAGUUGGUCUGACUUCAUUAAGUUUUUUGAGGUCAAAGCAAGUCAUGUUGGCUGUACUAAAAUAAUUUUAGAGUGCAGCUGCUGUGAACACAAAAUCAUGGAAUGGACUGAGCUGAGAGAAUGUAACGGUCCAUAUUAAACUGGCUUAAAAGGUGUGUGAGCCCAGUGUGCCGAGGUGAGCAACGGGACAGCUUUACUGGCUCCACCAUUAAGAACACAACACAGUUCUCAUCAGCAGUUGUGGAUAUAAACCAGAGUACCCGUGUAGUGGUGUACCACGGUAAAUUAUGGUGUGUAUCUGCUGUUGCCUGUGAUGGAAGUACUGGGGUUAAGCGUCAUCUUAAGACACUUAACCUUCAAUUCAUACUACUGUACUUAAAUUCCACAACAUUUCAGAGGCUAAUAUUUACGAUAAGAUAAGAGAAAGUUAAUUGUCACAAAGGAAAUUUGUCUUGGGCAAAAGGAAUGCUAGACAGAGCUGCAUGAUAUUCAAUACAUAACUAUACAUUAAACAUAAACAAUGUACAGUGGACAGCAUGGUAUCACAUGACUUGGACACAAAAAUAAAAAGCCAAUGUGAUCGUGAGACCAUAAGUAGCACAAACUUAAGCAACUAAGCCUACAUCUUAAUCAUCAUCUACAUCAUCAGUUUAAUAAUUCCACUCUGUGGGAUUAACUAACUUCUUAUUCAGUAAUGCAAUAAAUGUUGGUAGGAAGGAAAACUUAAAACAGUUGCUUUUGCAUCUGAUGGUUCUGUAACGUCUGCCCAAAGGUAAAAGUCCAUAUUCAUUAUAAAGGAUGUGUGUCGGAUUGUUUACAAUCCUGUGUGCAUGUCUUUCAUGCCAAUCACUUUAAUUGCUGCUUUUACCAAAUUAGCUGGACUGUCAGUGUACCAUACCAUGAUGCCAUGCCAUAUCUAAUAAUACUAUAUAGCACUGCACUGUGAAAUAUUUACAUGAUCUCUAUACACCAUACAGCAUCUGAAGAAAGUGAAUUCUUUGAGCCAACGUAACACACAGAAAAUCCACAUGGACGCUCCACUUAGGUUGUUAUCCAUAGGGAUGCCUGGAUUCUUGUUGGUGCAGA